AAUCUGGCCACUUGGCUCAGGAGGUUCAUUCAAAACAAGUCUACUAGAUCUAGAUAGAUCUGAGUCGGCUAUCACUGACACAGAUCUAGAUCUAGAUUAGUUACAUUUAGACCACUGCUACAUUAUAACACUUAAAUUAACUUUUUAUUUUUUAAAUGGCCAGUGGUUUCUAUCACACGGUAGCUCAGUCACCACAGACAGGACAAUUUGAAAGAUCUAUACCGUUCAGAGAGUCCAAAGGACCUAUUGGACCUUUUCGUGCCACUAAAAUCUGGAAUGACUUGAUUGAGCAUUUCAAGUCCAAAGUGGAACUGAAAAAAAGGAGAUAUAAGAUGCGCCAAAUAGAGAAUUGUUUUACCGGGACAGAUGCUGUUGAUGUUGUCCUUCAUUUCCUACUGAACGACAAGGACAUGUUUUCCACAGAUUUAUCCAGGGAAAAAGCAGUUAAAGUUUGCCAGAUGUUGAUGCAAAGGAAAGUUUUUCAAUCUGCCACAGACAGGCCAGAUCCAGAGAAGCCUUCAGUAUUUGAGGAUAGCAGUAGCAGAUUAUAUCACUUCAUUGGUGAACAUGCUGUGGAUGGUGAUGCUGUAGAUGGCCAUGAGGAAGACGAGGAAGAUGUUCAGAAUUCAACACAAGCUUCAGACAUUUUGAGAUUUUCUGGUGACAGUCUUGAGCCUGAUGAAGAACCUGAUGUGCCCGAAUUCAAAAAACCAUUUAGAGAAAUCCAAAAUUCUAAAAACUCUGAUGUCCUUCAAACCCCAGGGAAAUUAAACAAAGUCUUAGAAUCUGCAGAUGUGGAUGAUGUAUGGAGAGAAGUGGCCUUGACACAACUGCUGACCCUGGUUGAAUUGACCUUUCUGGAUGGGAUUCUGAGCGAGGACAAGCGAUCUCGUCAACAAAUACAGAGAGACCAUCUGAUUAUCUCCAACCUCGUGGCUCGCAGUUGGCACCUGCCAUUGACACCCAGUGCAUUAAACACACCAUCUGACCCUUUACUUCAGACUGCUGUUGACUGCAUUGAAUUUUUACCUAAAGCAUUGAAUUUAUUGAGUGAACCAGUAUUCAGACGUAGGGGCAUUGAAGCCAAAUUGUGGGCAAAAGAUAUUAUUGUCAAACAUUUCACCAGCCGGAGUGAAUGUCUUCUUCCAGCAAAAUAUUUGGAGCUCCAUAUUGCCAUUCUAAAUUUAGUCUUGGCUGGGAAUGAGGAGAAUGCAUUGAGUGCCUUACAGCUAUACAUGAUCCUGUUGCCUGUAGCCGCUAGAGAAGAACUUUACAGACUGCUCAAGUUUAUGAGAUCUGUUGCUGCUGACACUUCCAUUCGGCUUGACCCAGAGGAAUCCAAUGAGAUGGUGAUCCUUGGCCUUCUGACCAACUGUAUAUUCCAACACAAGCUGCUGGCUUCCAAUGUUGUUCAGAAGCUGGUUCAGUUCAUGAUGACCAAUGUGGACAGAAUGUUGACUGUACCUAGACAAGUCAGACAGAAGGUGGCCAUCAGACUCUACCAGAUGAAGACAGGGAAGUCAAUGUUGGACUGUGAAGCCAGUUUCUGCAAUAGGGUUUCUGCUGAGGAAUACAAGAGGCAGAGUAAAGAUUGUACUGAAUUGUCUCUAAUUGAAUUGAUGAACUCAGUCCUUGAUGAUACCAGCAUCUCCCUCAAAGACAAGAAACACAGACUUAAGCAGUUUCAGAAAUCUUAUCCUGAUCUCUUUGAAAGAAACUUUGAAGGCAUGCUGUGAUUUUAUUGCUCUUUGAAGAGAUUUUUGUGUAGAAGUUUUUGUUUAAUAUUCUAUACAUUCUAAUACUAUUAGAUUAUUAAGAAAUCAGGCUAUCAAUAAGGAACUUAAAGUGAGAGUUUAUUUAAUUAUACUUUUCUAUUUCAUACUAUUUUGUAUAUUUUUUGUUCAUAUAAAUAUAUCAGCUAAAAGGCUUGUCUAUCAACAAUUUACCAUACAUUUUGGAGAUUAUUUAUUAUUGUUUUUUUUACAUGGAACUUUAUUAUGAGCUCAUUCCUUUGUCACAUAUCUGAUGAAAGUGAUAUAAUUAAUUCUAUGUAUUUACAAAUCAUAUUGUACACCCACAGCUGUAUUGAUGUUGUUUAUAUCAUUGUUUAAGUUGCAUUUAUUGUCUAUUUAUUUUACCUGUUUAAUUAAAUGUACAAUCUUUGGUGCUAUUUAUAUUUCUUUGUGAAAUCAUGCAUUUAAUUAGUUAACACACUGAAUGAUUGACAUUUUUUCUUUUGCCAGUAAUUCAAAUAAUGUUUUUGUUUUUUUUAGACUUUGUGUAUAGAAAAAGAAUAUACUGUAAGCUAGUCUCUCAAUAUGUUAGUAGGGAUUUAUUGAUUUUUGGUAGUGGCUACCAGUAAUGGCUAUUUCUUUGAUUCUGAAGAUUAAGGAUGAGUGCAGUAAACCUGGUUGUGACCUGCUUGUUUUCCCGCAUCGCGUGCAGACAAAACUUAAGUUUUCUGUCUUUAAAAAAAGCAUAAGGAAAUGAAGAUAGUGAGAGAGAUUGAAAGAAAUAGACAAGCUAAACAAUGUCUAGGGUGUCAUAUUAACACUGUUUUGAAUUAAAUAACUCCACUAAAAACUGUGUGCAUGUAUUGAUAUUCUUAUUGCUUGUAAUGAAAAUGUCUAGUGGGAGAUUUUUCUUUGGUUUUGUAUUUCUAAUUUAUUGUUUUCCUGUUAUUUGGUUCUAGUCACAAGUUACAUGGAAAAAUAGUUCAAAUCCUAUUUCAAAAUGGUUUGGUGUUUCAUUCAUUUGUGCCAUAAGAUUAAGUACACUUAUCUUGCAUUGCAUCUACACUUAUCUUACAUUGAAUCUACACUUAUCUUACAUUGAAUGUAUAGACAUUUAACUUUACCCUUUCUCUCGCCUAACUAUUAGGAAUCAAUUUUAAAUAUCUGUACGAAACAUAUUAUUUAUGUCAAGAUCCUUUUUCUUUUUAAAUUUAUCUAACUAUGCAAGUAUCAGGGCUGGCCUAAGGCAUAGGCAAACUAGGCAGUUGCCUAUUCCUCCUAUUGUUGGGGACCUAUCUCUUUUCAAUUUUUUUAGUGAAGAAAUAGUGAAACUUAUGCUCAAAGUUAUUGUUGUCCUACACUAGGUUUGAAAUCAAUGACAUACUUUGGGGCCAUUAAUUAUCUAAGGCUAGCCCUGCAAGUAUAGUAUUAUAUUUUUAUUACUUGAAUUAGCAGUAAACAUGAAUAAAAAUGUAGCUAUGUGAAAUGUAAUAAAUAUUUUGUCUCUAUGCAAACUUGUACAAAUAUAACCUUUUGAAAGCUGUUUUGCUUAUUUGCAAUGUAAACUAAGAGGUGCUCAAAACUAUGAAUGAAAUAUUAAGCAUUUCUUAAUAUUACACAUUGUCUUUCAUGACCUGUACAAUUUGAAUAUACUAAUUUUAUUAUUGAUAAUCACUGCUUAGGUUGUCACAGUACUAAUGUAAAGUACUUGCCCUUCUGACACCAUAUAUACUGAACUUAGUGAUUUAAUCUGGACAUGUACAAAAAUCUGGCUAUCUGUAUCAUUUGAAAUCCAUGCCUGUUUAUACUUACAUUUGUAUAAAUUAUUGCUAUUCUACAUGAUUUGUUCAUUGUUUCUUUAGUAAUUGGUUUUCAUCUGUAAAUGUGUUUGUCCUGUAAACAUCUAAUAAUAAUUGUGGACACAAGUAAAUAAUCA